CUCAACUCAACCUCGUCGCGUCACUUCUGUGACCAGGUAAUGGAAGUAGUCUCAUAGCCGCUCCGGCCAUCAUCGAUGUGGUCAACAGUCAAAUGUCGCACAUAUUCAAUGAGAAUGUAGCGCGUCGGGUCUUCGGCGAGGAUACCGAUAGUGGUAGCGGUAGUGAAAUAGGAAUCACAGAUGUCGUCAGGAAAGAAGUAGGCCUGCCUGAGACGACUGAUAUCUCGCAAUAUAUUGAAGAUGUUGUAAACAAUGCUGCGGAGAUUUCGGACAUCGAUGAAGAAGGAGACAAAGUCGACUGGUCCGAGGACGAGGACGGCGCGGUGACGUACGAUGCGCUCAAGAACCAGAAGGCGUUGAAACGGAAACGCGCUGCUGAACAGACACGUCGCGCCCGCGCCGUAAUCAGUGCUGGCAGCACAAAGGCAUCGUCAAAGAGCAUCGUUGGGAGGAAGCCAAAGAGAGUCAAAAGGGAGAGGGUCCUAGCAAAUUUAGAUGAAACUGACGAGGACGAACUCCUGGACGAGACGCUGCCAGAUUACAUCAAGCAAAGAAAGACAAAGUUUGAGCAAACUCGUGCCAGGUUAGGAGAGGCUGGCUUGAAGCUGCCGCCAGUCUACGAUGACAUCGAGUUCUCCGACGAUGAACGACUGGAGUCUCUACAAGAGAAGCCCAGGUUCGAUCAUAUCAAGCCCGUGAGACAGUACGAGGAUAUCACCCUGCCAGCUUCCGCAGGUGUCAUACCUGCACCUAUCGCGCAAUGGCUGCGCGACUAUCAAGUCAAGGGCGCCGAAUUCCUGCACGAACUCUUCGUGUAUCAACGGGGAGGCAUCUUAGGCGAUGAUAUGGGUCUCGGAAAGACUAUCCAAGUGAUCUCAUUCCUCACUGCAGCCUUCGGAAAGACUGGCGAUGAACGGGACAAGAAGAGAAUGCGGAAGGUGCAACGUGAGGGCGGCCAACAGGCCAAAGAGUACCCUAAAAUCAUUCUCAUAUGCCCAGGCGGUCUGAUGGCAAACUGGCAGGAUGAACUUGAUCGAUGGGGCUAUUGGCAAGUUUACGUGUACCAUGGCGCGACAGAUGUUAGAGAGGCUGCGUUGCAGGCUGCAAAACAUGGUCGAGUUGAGAUCAUGAUAACCACCUACGCUACUUACAGGAAAAAUCAGAGUGCCAUCAACACGAUCAACUGGGACUGUGUUAUAGCAGACGAAUGUCAUCAGCUGAAGAGUCGUAGCUCAGAAAUUGCCAAGUCUAUGAACGAAGUCAAUGCCCUAUGUCGGAUUGGUCUCACUGGAACGGCGAUUCAGAACAAGUACGAAGAGCUCUUUACACUCCUGAAUUGGAGCAAUCCAGGCCAUUUUGGUUCAUUAGCGACCUGGAAAACUUGUAUUGCAGAUCCGUUGAAGAUGGGGCAGUCUCAUGAUGCAACUAUGCCACAGCUUGCCAAGGCGCGUAAGACGGCGAACUCACUCGUUCAUUCUCUCCUCCCACGAUUCUUCCUCCGCCGAAUGAAGACUCUCAUCGCAGACCAGCUCCCGAAGAAGAGUGAUCGCGUGGUGUUCUGCCCUCUGACGAAGAAACAGGCGGAAGCUUACUCCAACCUUGUCAAUAGCGACUUGGUCGAGUACAUACGCACUUCCGCUGACAAGUGCGACUGCAAGUCAGAGAAGAAGCGUGGAUGGUGUUGCUACUCGUAUGUUCCUGAAUUCGGUCCAUGGCAGAAUGCCGUGUUCCCUUGCAUGAUGAUGCUCCAGAAACUAUCGAACCAUCUGGCUUUACUUCUACCCACGAGCGCAGAUCCUGCCGAGAAACAAGCAAAAGACUUGGAGCAUCUCAAAGACGCUCUGCCCAAAGAUUGGAAAGAACUGUACCGUCAGCGAGACUCAAUCAUGAAUUAUGCAUCGCCAACAUUUUGUGGUAAAUGGAGAGUCUUGAAAGCACUCCUGCAGUACUGGCAUGCAUCCGGAGACAAGGUGCUCGUGUUCAGCCACAGUGUUCGUCUACUUCGUAUGCUCCACCUACUCUUCACGACUACGACUACGUAUAAUGUCAGCUAUCUCGACGGUGCUAUGUCGCUCGACGACCGGGCAAAGGAGGUCAAUGACUUUAACGCCGACAAGAACCAAUUUGUCUUCCUCAUCAGCACAAAGGCAGGCGGUGUCGGUCUCAACAUCACAUCCGCAAACAAAGUGGUCGUCUUUGAUCCGAAUUGGAACCCAGCGUACGAUCUUCAAGCGCAAGACAGAGCCUAUCGAAUAGGUCAGGUUCGAGACGUUGAAGUCUUCCGCCUCAUAAGUGCUGGCACUAUAGAAGAAAUUGUGUAUGCACGCCAAAUCUACAAGCAACAGCAAGCCAACAUCGGCUACAAUGCCAGUAACGAGAGACGAUACUUCAAAGGUAUCCAGGACAAGAAAGACCACAAGGGAGAGAUAUUUGGGUUGCACAACAUGUUCACCUUCAGGGAUGGAGCCGUCGUCCUUCGUGAUAUCGUGAACAAAACGAACGUGGCCGAGGCCAAGGAAGCUGGGGUCCAGGCGGUGGCAAUGGAUCUUCAAAAUGAUGCUGAAGAUGAUGACUUCAUCUACGGCGCGGACGGGAAAGAAGGGGCAGCGAUGAGCCAGUUGGCAGAGUUGAUCCAGAAAGACAAGAUUGGUUCGCAGGGGGAGAAGUUCGAGGACAAGAAGCAGCAGCGAAAAGCCGAUCCUAUCUCAGCAAUCCUGGCAGGAGCCGGCGUGGAAUACACCCACGAGAACGCCGAGGUCAUCGGGUCUUCCAAGGUCGAAUCCAAGUUGAGUCGCAAUGCUUUGGAAAUGCAGAACGAUACCGACAUGACUCGGAAACGCGCAUUUGCAGCCUCGGCGACCCAGCAGGAAGACGACCAUGACGAUAUUGAUGACGAACUUGAAGUUAUAGGGGAGCGAAGUUUCGCAACUGAGGACGAUGAGAAAGAACACUUGAACAUCAGAUGGAAAUACCAGCCUCCUGAGGAUGUGCGCAUCAGGCAAUUCUGCACCAUGGCUCAAACCUUUGGAUUCAAAGAUGCAGUCGAGUUUGCUAUCGGGGUCGAAGGCUGGACGCAAGAGCAGCGCCGGAACUGCCUCGAGCGUUUUUAUCGUAUGCGGAGGAAUAAGGUCUUGAAUUAGGAGCUUUACGCGUCCAUCAUUUGGUAUUCAUUGUAUAUAUCGUUAUGAGAUACCCCUUCUUGAAGUACCUCCAAUAGUGCACAGCAUGGCCACCACCUUACUCAUACAGUCUACAUCCACCCACUCAAUCUUGAUUCUGUGCCAUUUCUUCCAUAGCUGUGACCGCAUUCUCCAG